AUGGUGCGCCCGUGUCCGUCGGUCGGGCCGCGCGGGCGGCUCCGCGCGUGGCCCGGCGCUCGCGACCUCGCCCCUUCGCUGCGGGCCCGGCCCGCCCGCUGCCGCCGCCUCCUCCCCCGGGGCGGCGCGGCGCCGGCGGGCGGCGGCGCGGAGGCCGGACCGGGCGGCGGCCCAGGCGGCGCGGGGGGCGCGGCGGCCAAGGCGGGCUGCGCCGCCGACAUGACGGACAACAUCCCGCUGCAGCCGGUGCGCCAGAAGAAGCGGAUGGACAGCAGGCCCCGCGCCGGGUGCUGUGAGUGGCUGAGAUGCUGUGGUGGAGGGGACCCCAGGCCCCGCACGGUCUGGUUGGGGCACCCCGAGAAGAGGGACCAGAGGUAUCCUCGAAAUGUCAUCAACAACCAGAAGUACAACUUCUUCACCUUUCUUCCUGGGGUGCUGUUCAACCAGUUCAAGUACUUCUUCAACCUCUAUUUCUUACUUCUCGCCUGUUCCCAGUUUGUUCCUGAGAUGCGGCUCGGCGCGCUCUACACCUACUGGGUUCCCCUGGGCUUCGUGCUGGCUGUCACCAUCAUCCGGGAGGCAGUGGAGGAGAUCCGAUGCUACGUGCGGGACAAGGAAGUCAACUCCCAGGUCUACAGCCGGCUCACAGCAAGAGGCACGGUGAAGGUGAAGAGCUCCAGCAUCCAGGUGGGGGAUCUCAUCAUUGUGGAGAAGAACCAGCGGGUGCCUGCCGACAUGAUCUUCCUGAGGACGUCCGAAAAAAACGGGUCUUGCUUCUUGCGGACUGACCAGCUGGACGGAGAGACGGACUGGAAGCUGCGUCUCCCCGUGGCCGGCACACAGAGGCUCCCCACUGCCGCCGACCUUCUUCAGGUCCGAUCGUACGUGUAUGCCGAGGAGCCCAACAUUGACAUUCACCACUUUGUGGGGACAUUCACCAGGGAGGACAGCGACCCUCCAGUCAGCGAGAGCCUGGGCAUCGAGAACACGCUGUGGGCCGGCACCGUGGUGGCGUCAGGCACCGUGGUGGGCGUGGUCCUCUACACCGGCAGGGAGCUGCGCAGCGUGAUGAACACGUCAAACCCCCGGAGCAAGAUCGGCCUGUUUGACCUGGAGGUGAACUGUCUCACCAAGAUCCUCUUUGGCGCGCUGGUGGUGGUCUCACUGGUCAUGGUCGCCCUCCAGCACUUUGCUGGCCGCUGGUACCUGCAGAUCAUCCGUUUCUUGCUCUUGUUUUCUAACAUCAUCCCCAUCAGCUUGCGCGUGAACCUGGACAUGGGCAAGAUCGUGUACAGCUGGGUGAUUCGAAGGGACUCGGAAAUCCCCAGCACCGUGGUCCGCUCCAGCACCAUCCCCGAGCAGCUGGGCAGGAUUUCGUACCUGCUCACCGACAAGACAGGGACUCUCACCCAGAACGAGAUGGUUUUCAAACGGCUGCAUCUGGGGACCGUGGCCUAUGGCCUCGACUCGAUGGAUGAGGUGCAGAGCCACAUAUUCAGCAUCUACACUCAGCAGUCCCAGGAGCCACCGGCGCAGAAGGGCCCCACGGUCACCACCAAGGUGCGCCGGACCAUGAGCAGCCGCGUGCACGAGGCCGUGAAGGCCAUCGCGCUCUGCCACAACGUGACACCCGUGUACGAGUCCAACGGCGUGACCGACCAGGCCGAGGCCGAGAAGCAGUACGAGGACUCUUGCCGUGUGUACCAGGCGUCCAGCCCCGACGAGGUGGCUCUGGUACAGUGGACGGAAAGCGUGGGCUUAACCCUGGUGGGCCGAGACCAGUCGUCCAUACAGCUGAGGACCCCUGGCGACCAGAUCCUGAACUUCACCAUCCUGCAGCUCUUCCCGUUCACCUACGAGAGCAAGCGCAUGGGCAUCAUCGUGAGGGACGAGUCCACGGGAGAGAUCACGUUUUACAUGAAGGGGGCCGACGUGGUCAUGGCGGGCAUCGUGCAGUACAACGACUGGCUGGACGAAGAGUGCGGCAACAUGGCCCGGGAAGGGCUGCGGGUGCUGGUGGUGGCCAAGAAGUGUCUAGCGGAGGAGCAGUACCAGGACUUCGAGGCCCGCUACGUCCAGGCCAAGCUGAGUGUGCACGACCGCUCGCUCAAAGUGGCCACCGUGAUCGAGAGCCUGGAGAUGGAGAUGGAGCUGCUGUGCCUGACGGGCGUGGAGGACCAGCUGCAGGCCGACGUGCGGCCCACCCUGGAGACCCUGAGGAACGCCGGCAUCAAGGUUUGGAUGCUGACUGGUGACAAGCUGGAGACGGCCACGUGCACGGCCAAGAACGCCCACCUGGUGACCAGAAACCAGGACAUUCACGUGUUCCGGCUGGUGAGCAACCGUGGAGAGGCCCACCUGGAGCUGAACGCCUUCCGUAGGAAGCAUGACUGUGCUCUCGUCAUCUCGGGAGACUCCUUGGAGGUGUGCCUCAAGUACUACGAGUAUGAGUUCAUGGAGCUGGCCUGCCAGUGCCCGGCCGUGGUCUGCUGCCGCUGCGCCCCCACCCAGAAGGCCCAGAUCGUGCGCCUGCUGCAGGAACGCACCGGGAAGCUCACCUGUGCAGUGGGUGACGGGGGCAACGACGUCAGCAUGAUUCAGGAGUCCGACUGCGGCGUGGGCGUGGAAGGCAAGGAAGGAAAGCAGGCUUCGCUGGCUGCAGACUUCUCCAUCACUCAGUUCAAGCACCUUGGCCGGUUACUCAUGGUGCACGGCCGGAACAGCUACAAGCGCUCAGCUGCCCUCAGCCAGUUCGUGAUCCACAGGAGCCUUUGUAUCAGCACCAUGCAGGCCGUCUUCUCCUCCGUGUUCUACUUCGCCUCUGUCCCCCUCUACCAAGGAUUCCUCAUCAUCGGGUACUCCACCAUUUACACCAUGUUUCCCGUAUUCUCCUUGGUCCUGGACAAGGACGUCAAGUCCGACGUCGCCAUGCUCUACCCUGAGCUCUACAAGGACCUCCUCAAGGGGCGGCCGCUGUCCUACAAGACUUUCUUAAUCUGGGUUCUGAUCAGCAUCUACCAAGGGAGCACCAUCAUGUACGGGGCACUGCUGCUGUUCGAGUCGGAGUUUGUGCACAUCGUAGCCAUCUCCUUCACGUCGCUCAUCCUCACCGAGCUGCUCAUGGUGGCGCUCACCAUCCAGACCUGGCACUGGCUCAUGACGGUGGCCGAGCUGCUCAGCCUGGCCUGCUACAUCGCCUCCCUGGUGUUCCUCCAUGAGUUCAUCGACGUAUACUUCAUCGCCACGCUGUCAUUCCUGUGGAAGGUGUCGGUCAUCACGCUGGUCAGCUGUCUGCCGCUCUACGUGCUCAAGUACCUGCGAAGGCGCUUCUCCCCGCCCAGCUACUCGAAGCUCACGUCCUAGGCUGUGUGCCGGCCGAGGGGCCCCGGGCUCUGCGCUUUCCUGAUGGCCUGAGUUCGAGUUCCAUCUCUGUUAACCACCAUCGUGGAUUUUGCAGUAAUUGCUGACACGUGCGGUUCUUGGUGUGCCGAGGCUCCACCCCAACCGGGGCCUGGCACCGCCCAGACGGAGGGAGGUUCCUAAGAGGGCCCCCACCGCAUCCCCGGUUCCCUGGUUCCUAGGCGAGCGAAUGUGGAUGGGCCACCACAGGGCUCAGCUGAGACUGAGAUGGUCCCUGUGCGGGCUUCGUUACGACUUGAAUCUUGUCAUCAUGUGAUAAAAGUUUCUGUCUAGUUGGAGGUUGUAGAAAGCUUGUGUUCUGAUUUUUUUUUUUUAAACAGCCUAAUGUAUAGGUAUUCAUUUAAGUUUUUCUCUUAAAAAGUGGUGUCUGAAAAAUAGAAAGCUCUUGGCGUAGGUUUGGGGGAGAAACAAAAACAGUGCCACCUGGUGCGAAGCGACGCGCACAGCUGUGUCCACGUGGAGAUGCCGAGCGUCGGGGCAGCCUCCCGCCCCACAGCCGCGUGCGUUCCGGGAGCGUGCGACGCGUGGAGCAGAGGGGCGGGAGCCGAGCCGGCCUCCUCGAGCCGGCCUCCUCGGAGCCAGCAGCACUUCCCUGCCACUUCGUAAGAGGACCUCUGAGGCGCGAUGGUGCUUUGCUGGGACAAGGACGGAGCCAGUGGCUCUCCGAGGACAGCCCCGACGUCUUCGGCAGGAAGCGGGCGCUGAGCGGCCCCGAGACGUGUCGACAGCGUGAUAAGAGACUCGGCUAAUUCUCUAGACAACGCGGCAGAUGUGACUCAGAUCCGCUGGGCGCGAGGCGGAAAGGUCAGGGGGCCGGGGCUGCUCCUGCACAGAAGUCUGUUUCCUGUUAGGGGGGAUUAUUGCGGGUGGACGGACAGAGGCGGAGGCGUCUUGCCCUGCUGCCACUCACGGUGGCCACUCUGGAAGCAAGGAGCCCGGGGCGGGGGCCCAGGCUGCAGCCGCGGGCCCCGGAUCUCUUCCACUGCCUGCGGCUUUCAGGGGGACUCGCCGAAAGGCAGCCGGUGGCCGGGACUCUGCCCACCGGGGUGGACUGCAUGCAUGCGUGUGUGUUUCCUGUAGCUGCAGCUGCUGCUGUCGGAGGGAGGGAGUUUGCAAGCCCUGGACGUGGCAGGGCGAGGCAUGCUUGGGUUUUCUUGCCGAAGCCACGUGUGCACGCCGUGGAGGGUUCAGUCGCUGGGUCUUAAGGGCUGAGAGCGGCCAAUGUCUGGGACGUGUGGUUAAUUCCGUAUGAAUGCGUCACCUUCAGGUCCGGAUGCUGAGACUCACUCCCGGAGAGCCCCUUGCUUUUGGAAUGCUCCCGGUAUGCUCCCGGUGUUUUGCGUUGCCCUUUUAAAAUCCUCCCAAAGUAACAGCAGGUGGCAGGUGCUGAGACAUCGGCUAAGGAUAACAUAUCCACAAGUGGUCUUUGAAAAGUUCGUGGAAAAUGCCCAUUUUGAAAUUUCUUUGCACCAAAAUAAACUUCUAAGUCUGUUUUUCCAUGAACCUUUUGAAGGCCCUGGUGUUGUAAGAUUCUGCCAUCACGGAGCGUUCUCCCUGAUUCGGCCCGAGCGGCUGGUGGCUUAGGAGUGGGGUCUUUGUCCAGAGUUGCAGAGGGGGUGAGCGAUUCUGCCUCCUUCCCUGAGCGCUCCUAAGUGGGUCGUUUCAAAGGCAGCAGAGAGAGCCGUGCUCAAUGUUUCUGUGUCCUUGGAGGUCAGCGUGUGAAAGAGCCAUUCUGCUCUGAAUUAGCCAGCCCUGAGCCUGGCGCUGGCACCGACGCAGGAUGGCCCACGCAGGAGGGUCAUGGGGGAUGCUCGGCGGGAACUUACAGGUGUUUCCAGCAGAUCGUUAGAAAGUUCAUGGGAAAAAAGCACAUUGUGAAAAGUCCAUGCAUGGAUUUCCAAACUUGUUUUUGCGCCAGAGUAAAUUUGAAUGUCGUGUUGCCAUGAACUGAAGUAGCCACGUCCCAGGCCCAGGUGAGCGAGCCGUCGUCUUCCAUGCCGUCAGCUCUUCUCCAACAUUUCUUUACUUCGUUCACUGCUGAACAUUUCGGAUGUACUGACGAUACUAUUUUUUUUUUUUAAAGAUUUAUUCAUUUAUUUAUUUGAAAGGCAGAGUGUCAGAGAGAGAGAGAGAGAGACAGACAGACAGACAGACAGAGAGGUCUUCCAUCUGCUGGUUCACUCCCCAAAUGGCCACAGCAGCCAGGGCUGGGCCAGGCUGAAACCAGGAGCCAGGAGCUUCUUCCAGGUCUCCUCCUGGGUACCAGAGCCCUCUAGGGCUGUCUAGAACUCAGCCCAUCCUCGGCUGCUUUCCCAGGCGCAUGAGCAGGGAGCUGGAUCGGAAGCAGAGCAACUGGGACUCCAACGGACACUGCAAAGUGGGAUGCUAGCGUCAGAAGCAGUGGCUUAACUUACGGUGCCCCGAUGUAUUUUCCGUUGUGUGCUCAUUGGAAAUGACACGUUAGUGCCUGUUGGUUUUUUCUGCAGACCUUUGUCUUGAUGCUUGUCUUGUUUUUGCUGGGGUGCACACGGGCACGUGCUCUUGGCUCUGCAGGCAGCAUUUGAAAUCCCCGGGGGAUGGCGAAUGAGCCGCAGGCAGCCUCUGCCCCAUCCUGUUUCAAGCAAACAUCUAUCGGCUGUUUUACUCUGGAACCCUUUUGUGUGUUUGAAGUGUGUGUGUGCUUCAGUACGUCCAUGGGACCUGGAAUUAAAUGAGAAGGUGCAUCAAACAGGGUUGAAAUGCAUGCAUGUGAAGAUUUGAAAAAGAUAAUGAAAAAUGCAUAUGCUGAAAGAACUUGCAUAGAUUUCUACCCUUUUUUGCACCAGAAUAAAUUCAUAUUUCAAUUUCAUUUUCCCCAAACUUUUUGAAGGAUCUGGAGUUUUAUUUUUUCUUUUUUAAGAAAUGCUUGGUUUUCAUUGCAUUAAAAUUCCUGUACUCCCAGGUCUGUUUUUGUUUUAAAAAUACACAAGAAGCUUUGUAAAUACAACAGGUUUGAUUUCUGCCCCUUUCUUUUGAUGUACAGCUUUUUGUUGUUUACAUAUACUCUGAAUAUUUCCAUUCAUUACAUCCAUCCCUUCCUGGGGGGGGGGGAGCCCGCGUUCUGUUGUGGAGUGGAACUGAGCGUGCACUGGUCCUCCUUGCCUGGAGUGCCCACGCCUCGCUUGCUCGCUCCGAAGCCAGGCACCUGUGCACCUGUGCCAGGGUUGGAGGUGUGGUCUGUGAAGGUGGCUGGGCAGUGUGGGUGAAUAUUGUG